AUGGGAAGAAGUCUGAGUCCAGUGCUAAGGCGAGAGCUGGAAAAUCUUGACAAAGAUGCAGAUAGUCGCAAAUCUGCAAUGAGAGCAUUGAAGUCAUAUGUGAAAGAUUUGGACUUUAAGACAAUUCCUAUCUUUCUUGCACAAGUUUCUGAGACCAAGGAAACCGGUUCUUUGUCUGGAGAAUUCACAAUUUCACUGUAUGAGGUUCUUGCUCGGGUUCAUGGAGUCAAGAUUGUUCCCAUGAUAGACAGCAUUAUGCAAUCCAUAGUUCAGACCUUAGCUUCAAGUGCAGGGUCUUUCCCUCUUCAACAGGCUUGCUCAAAGGUGGUUCCAGCUAUUGCAAGGUAUGGAAUUGACCCCACAGCCCCAGCAGAGAAAAAGAGGCAUAUAAUUCAUUCUCUUUGUAAGACUCUUUCUGAUUCUCUCACAAGUUCUCAAGAGAGUUUGUCUUGUGGUGCGGCCCUUUGCUUGAAGGCUCUUGUGGAUUCAGAUAACUGGAGGUUUGCUUCAGAUGAAAUGGUCAACAGGGUUUGCCAGAAUGUUUCUGUGGCAUUGGAGGGAAAGUCUACUCAGACCAACUCACACAUGGGUCUAGUUAUGGCCUUAGCAAAGCGCAAUGCUUUGAUUGUUGAAGCCUAUGCAAGAUUGCUCAUACAAUCCGGAUUGAGAAUACUGAGUGCUGGUGGUGAGCUUUUGGAGGGGAAUUCUCAGAAGAGAUUUGCAGCCAUUCAAAUGGUGAACUUCUUGAUGAAAUGUUUAGAUCCUAGAAGCAUUUUCUCAGAGGUUGAACAGAUAAUUGAGGUGAUGGAGCUGUCACAGUCUGAUAAAAUGGCAUAUGUCAAAGGUGCUGCAUUUGAAGCUUUGCAAACUGCUAAGAGAAUUGCCAUUGACAAAAAAUCAAGGGGUGUAAAGAGUCCUGCUUCAGUGACGGGGUCGAACUUUAGUAAAAGAGACUAUAUAGAUGGAGAAAGUUUUUCUGGUGAUGGAGACCAUUCUCCUGCAUCUAUUUCACCAGAAUCACGUACCUUGGACUGUUUCCCUGGAUAUGAAUCCCUUGUUGAAUCUCCCAUUUCAACAAUUCAGGCAUCUCAGAACUCGAACUAUGACCAAAGGAGUGUGAAUAGGAAGCUUUGGAGUCAUGAAAAUGGAGGGGUUGAUGUGUCUCUCAAGGAUGGUUUGUUCUCAAAGGCUGGGCAGGGAAAUGCCUUGUUUGACAACACUCUGGAUCUCGAGUUUUCUAAUGGAGGGGAAGAUUUAACAGAGGAAUUUUCUGGUUUCAUGCUCAAAAAUCCUUGGCAUGGAGUAUCUAGGACUAGAAGUAACAACUCAAGUCCCCUAAGAUCACGCUCUCAGGUUAAUGUUGACAGCAUUAAAAUCUUUAAGACCCCAAGGAAGCUCAUUCACUCUCUUCAAGACCCAAAUGAUGAGACUUCAGAUUGCUAUGAGAAACAGAAUAUAAAUUUCAGGAGUCUAUCAUCAGGAAAUAAUGAGUGGAGCCCAGCAUCUUAUUCUAAAUAUGACCAGAAUGGUACUGCAGAUCAUGUCAACUAUGAUUGUAAAGAGAAUGAAAGCUUAUGUGGCAAUGCACAAUUCCAAGAUGGAACUGAGUCAGUCUCAUCAACAGAUGACGUUCCUGGUGAUGCUGAUAUGCAGGUGCCUCAUGAUCCUGAAAAUAAAAAUGAUACUCAAACUGUUCACAUGGAAAAGCCACUUCAGAAGACUAAACGUAGAUUGGUUUGUGGCCUUUCUUUUCUUCUUCUUGCAAUGGCUACUCCAUUACUCUGGAUCAACAGUCAAGAAGAAGGCCAUUAUCUUGUCCCUACAUAA